GUUGCUGUUGAAAUAUUUGCAGUAACAGUUGGAAGGGUUUGGUUUCUGCAUGUUUCAACAUCAACAACAGCUUCUCCUUGUGAACACAACCGCAGUCAGAACUGGACGAGCUUCAAGCAAGCCAGACGUCUCACGCCGUCUCUCCUUCCAUCACAGCAUGUCUCUGCUCCGGGGUGUCCUCUCUCAGGUCCUCAGCUGGUCCGGCCUCUGUCAGAUCCUGUACGUGGUCGCCACAGGACUGGUUGCUGUUGUUGCAGUUUGGACGGCGAGGCUGUUGGUGCGUCACGCCUGGUACACACACAGGCUGUCUUGCUUCAGCAAGCCACAUGCAGACUCCUGGCUGAUAGGCCACCUGGGCCAGAUGCAGAGCACAGAGGAAGGUCUCCUCCAAGUGGACGACCUGGUGCAGACGUACAAACACUCCUGCUGCUGGUUCCUCGGUCCUUUCUAUCACCUGGUCAGAGUCUUCCACCCGGACUAUGUCAAACCUCUACUAAUGGCACCUGGCAGCAUUACAGUGAAAGAUGAGCUCAUCUAUGACCAUCUGCGUCCAUGGCUUGGACAGAGCUUGUUGCUAAGCAACGGGGAGGUGUGGUCUCGCAAGAGGCGACUGCUGACUCCAGCUUUUCAUUUUGAUAUCCUGAAGAACUACGUUGCCAAGUUUAACACCUCGGCUAACACCAUGCACGAUAAAUGGAGCCACCUGGUGGCAGAGGGCAGGACCAACAUAGAGAUGUUUGACCAUGUCACUCUGAUGACACUGGACAGUUUACUUAAGUGUGCCUUUAGCUACAACAGCAACUGUCAGGAGUCUACCAGUGAGUACGUGUCAGCCAUAGUGGAGCUCAGUGACCUGAUAAUAGCUCGUCGCCUGAGGAUGCUGCACCACUGGGACUGGAUCUACUGGAAAACGGAGCAGGGGAAACGAUUCAAAAAGGCCUUGAGUGUCGUACACAGGUUCACCAAGGAGGUGGUUCAGAAGCGCCGCGCCCUCAUUAAGCAGCGGAGGGAGACCGAUUUCGCCACAGCACCACAGAGGAAGAAAGAUUUUGUGGACAUCAUACUCCUGUCAGAGGAUGAGCACGGACAAGGCCUCACAGAUGAGGAGAUACAGGCAGAGGCCAACACCUUCAUGUUCGCAGGUCAUGACACGACAGCCAGUGCCAUUUGCUGGACGCUGUAUAAUUUAGCACGCCAUGCCCACUAUCAGGAGAAAUGCAGGCAGGAAGUGAUGGAUCUGACACAGGGACGAGAUGGACAUCAAAUAGAGUGGGAGGAUCUGUCAAACCUUACCUUCACCACCAUGUGCAUCAGAGAAAGCCUCAGACUCCACCCUCCUGUGCAGGCCGUGACGAGGAAAUACACCCGGGACAUGGCGCUGCCGGGGAAUCGGACAGUGCCGAAGGGUGCCAUUUGUUUGGUCAGUAUUUAUGGAACACAACACAACCCCACUGUCUGGACAGAACCACAUGAGUUUAAUCCUCUGCGCUUUGACCCAACCAACACAGAAGGCCGGUCUUCUCACGCAUUCAUCCCCUUUUCCUCAGGUCCCAGGAACUGCAUUGGUCAGAAAUUCGCCCUGGCAGAGCUGCGAGUCGUCGUGGCGUUGACCCUGCUCAGGUUUCGCCUGACCCCGGGGGCCAACCCUGAACUGGGGGCCAGCUGUGGAGGCGUUCGCCGUCUCCCCCAGCUCGUCCUGCGCGCUGAGGGAGGCCUGUGGCUGCAGCUGGAGCCUCUGACCACACCCAGCAUGGAGGAAACACAAGGCUGAGAGAUCCAGCAGGACGACACGUGUACCUGUUUUGUAAUAUAACAAAAGCACAGAAGCUCUGGCCUCACACCUGGGACUUUAGUACUGUUGUUGUCACUGUUUAUGCUUACCGUAUUGUCUCUAAAUGCAUUUGCAACCUUUGUUUUCUACAAAAAGCACAAUGUUUGGCCACAUGAUUCUUUUACUAUCACUUUAAAAAAUGUAUAUAAUUUAAUGUUAUAUUGCAUCAUGGAAU